UAAAAUGUGUAGUGUUGUAGCACGAUACGUAUGAAUGAAAAUUUCCAAUAACAAGAGUACGACUGGUUGUACCAUUCAUAAAUCCGUCCACCCUGUACAGGCGGCUCUCACCUGAGCGACAGGUGUGCGCUGCUGUGCAAAAAAAGCAAAAAAUCUUACGCAACCGUGUUGGAGAGUUUGUUUUUUGAGUGUGAUUUUGCGAUUGAAAGGGUGGUUGUGUCACCCCGGCGAAAAUCCCGUUAGUGGUACUGCGAAUUGUCGUGUUUUGUGAGUGCGUUAGCGUCUAGGGGGCAUGCCUGGUCCCUGAUCUGUCUCCAUUCAUGCCUUCGAACGAGCGAGCUAGUAGUACGCUCUGUGAAAUGAUCAAAGUAGCACUAAGGCAUAGUCUUAGCGUUACGCAAUUCAUUCAUAUCGUAUCGAAGUCGGUACGCGAGUGAUAGCUGUUCGUGGUUGGAUUGUGGAAUAGUGCGUUGAAAUUGCUGUGUUUUUACCAAUACUCGACUGAUCGGAUGGAAUUUUUAUAUAAUGAAUUUCGAAAGUAUCGUCAUUUUAGUGCUUUUUUCAAUUCACGGCCUCUGCUCGAGAUUACCUUUGGAAGUUUUUCAACAUCAUCCGACUGAACAUUACGUACAUCACCACAGACUCAAUCACAACAUUGGCGGAUUUCAUCGCAAGAAAAACAUCGAUUUCACCAACGUCAAAAUAUUGUACCAAGUCGGGACGACCGAUGCUGAUCUACCCGAAUGUGGACCUAGAGCGAUCUGCAAUAAACUAGACAUGUACGACACCCCCUGGAUUGAGAAACAAUGCAGAUGCACCGGGGACAGGAAGUGCCCCCUAGAUCUCCAACCUGAUGAUGGCUACACCUUAGCUGACAAAACCAGGCAGUAUAAGCUCUGCGAACCGGUCAAGAAAAUACCAAAAUGCAGAUUUUUCAGGGAUACGACUUGGACUAUAACUCUCUACACGAACAACGUGACAGAACAGAUCGUCCAUUGUCAUUGUCCGAAAAACUCAAUGACGUAUCUUACGAAACGUCAAGCUUUGCACAUGCCAAACGGCCAAAUCGCUUUCCAGUACUACUUCUCGUGUUCACCACAAGCUAGACUACGAUGUCAACGGAAGGAGCCUUGUCGGUUGUUCACAGUGCGUAAACGUCAAGAAUUUUUGGACGAAGUGAAUGUUAACAGUUUGUGCCAAUGUCCUCACGCGCAUCGGUGUCCGCACCAUCACAUGGAUUAUGGUGUGAUAGCGGGCAAAAGUUACACAGAGGAAGCUAUUAAAACGUAUAGUGGUUACUGCCUGCCAACUUAGUACAUCAUUGAGAUUUAAACGAUUACCGUUUGAGCUCUCCGAUAUUAAUUUUUUUGUGUCUUUUUCAUUCUGUAAAUAAUUACUAUUUUAAUACGUGAAAUAAACAAUUCCGGUUGACAUAUAUCGCCAUUUGUAAAGACAUUGUACAAUAUCUUAGUUAAGUGACGUUUGAAACGUGAAUAAUAAAUUAUUUUAUUAUACUAGGUCAAGUCGAAUGCCUCAUUUGAUAUUUGAAAUUUUUGUACAAUUUUAUGUUAUUUUUAAUAUGUAUCAGUGUACAAACGUAUAUUAUAAAUUUAUGUUAUUUUUCA